AUCCCUUUUUCCUUCCCCAGUUGAUAGUGCUCGAGUCUUUUUCCUGAACCAAAUAUAUCCCCAAACUUUCUCUUGUUCCGUUUUUCUCUAUCAUACACAUUCAGGCAUCACAUUUGUGCUCCCUCCCUCCCUCUUUCUCUCUCUCUCUAAAAUUCGUCCAUCGCCUGCCAACUUCAAAUCUGACCGGCACCGAGAAGUAUCCAUUAGAUCUGGUGAGAUAGAAUGGCUAUGGUGGAUGAACCACUGUAUCCAAUUGCAGUUUUGAUAGAUGAGUUAAAAAAUGAAGACAUUCAACUACGUUUGAACUCCAUCCGUAGACUUUCUACAAUAGCAAGAGCUCUCGGUGAAGAUAGAACAAGAAAGGAAUUAAUUCCAUUUCUUAGUGAAAACAAUGAUGAUGAUGAUGAAGUACUUCUUGCAAUGGCUGAAGAAUUAGGUGUUUUUAUACCUUAUGUUGGAGGAGUUGAAUAUGCUCAUGUUUUGCUACCUCCUUUAGAGACUCUUUGUACUGUUGAAGAGACAUGUGUUAGAGACAAAGCUGUUGAGUCUUUAUGUAGAAUUGGAGCUCAAAUGAAGGAGAGUGAUUUAGUUGAUUGGUUUACUCCUUUAGUCAAGAGACUGGCAGGCGGGGAGUGGUUUACAGCUCGAGUUUCUUCGUGCGGCUUGUUUCCCAUUGCUUACCCUAGUGCUCCAGAAAUGUUGAAGACAGAGCUCAGGUCUAUAUACGGCCAGUUGUGUCAAGAUGACAUGCCAAUGGUCAGGAGAUCCGCUGCGUCCAACUUGGGAAAAUUUGCUGCAACAGUUGAACAAACUCAUUUGAAAAGUGAUAUCAUGUCAAUAUUUGACGAUUUGACACAGGAUGAUCAAGAUUCUGUUCGACUAUUGGCUGUCGAGGGUUGCGCAGCACUUGGAAAACUUUUGGAACCUCAAGACUGUGUGGUUCACAUCCUCCCAGUUAUUGUUAAUUUUUCACAGGAUAAGUCUUGGCGUGUCCGCUAUAUGGUUGCCAAUCAAUUAUAUGAGCUUUGUGAAGCUGUUGGGCCAGAACCUACCAAAACGGAUUUGGUUCCAGCGUAUGUUCGGCUACUUCGGGAUAAUGAGGCUGAAGUACGAAUAGCAGCUGCUGGAAAAGUGACAAAAUUUUGCCGAAUCUUGAAUCCACAACUUGCAAUUCAGCAUAUUCUUCCUUGUGUAAAGGAAUUGUCAUCAGAUUCUUCCCAACAUGUUCGCUCUGCUUUGGCUUCUGUGAUUAUGGGAAUGGCACCAGUAUUAGGAAAGGAUGCUACAAUUGAGCAGCUACUUCCAAUUUUUCUUUCUCUCCUAAAGGACGAAUUCCCUGACGUCCGCCUCAACAUAAUUAGCAAGCUUGAUCAAGUCAAUCAGGUGAUUGGAAUUGAUCUAUUGUCCCAGUCGUUGUUACCAGCCAUUGUUGAGCUAGCAGAGGAUAGACACUGGAGAGUUCGUCUCGCCAUAAUAGAGUAUAUCCCCUUAUUGGCAAGUCAAUUGGGUGUUGGAUUCUUUGAUGAUAAACUUGGUGCGCUUUGCAUGCAGUGGUUAGAAGAUAAGGUAUAUUCAAUUCGUGAUGCGGCUGCAAAUAACUUAAAACGCCUCGCUGAGGAAUUUGGUCCAGAUUGGGCAAUGCAACACAUUAUUCCACAGGUUUUGGAGAUGAUAAAAAACCCACAUUAUCUAUACCGUAUGACAAUUAUACAUGCAAUAUCACUACUUGCUCCAGUCAUGGGCUCAGAAAUUACAUGCUCAAAACUUUUGCCGUUGAUUGUGGAUGCCUCAAAGGAUAGGGUACCCAACAUCAAAUUCAAUGUAGCUAAGGUGUUGCAGUCACUGAUUCCCAUAGUUGAUCAAUCCGUGGUGGAGCAGACAAUUCGUCCAUGUUUGGUUGAGCUGAGUGAGGACCCAGAUGUGGAUGUCAGAUUUUUUGCUAGCCAAGCACUUCAAUCAAGCGACCAAGUCAUGAUGUCAAGUUAGGAGAUAUUUCCUCCUAAUUUAGGAUUUUUGUUUUUGAUCUGAAUUUUCAAGAUUGUAUUGUGUUAUACUCUGCUGUUACAGCCUGGGCUAACAGGAAUUCUGUUUGUUACAGCUUAUUUUUACCCCCACUCACUCCCCCCCUGUACUUUCAACUGAUUUGGGUCCAUUUGUAUCUAUAUGUUUAGUGGUAGAGAUGUUUUAGCUGGAUCUUUCCACGC